AUGCAUGACGCUUACGAACCGGUCCCUAUCCUGGAGAAACUGCCUCUCCAGAUUGAUUGUCUUGCGGCCUGGGGUAAGUUAAUAUUGUCAGCAAGCUAGCUAGCUACAGUAGCAAGCUAACAUAGCAAAUUAUUGUUGCCAUACACUAGCUGACUAGGUAGGUACUAAGCUAGCUGGCUGGUUUGUUUAACAGAUAACCAACUGAUAACUCUCGCCAGCUAGUUGUAGCAAAUGUAACUUGAUGAGUUUUGAGUUGACAGACAAUUGUAAACAAAGCAACCCUGUUUUGCACCUGGUCGAGAACUUGGGAUGGGGUUUUUGUUGUUUUUGUUUGUAGAGACGUCCUAUUUAAUUGAUACCGUUAUGUUAUAAUGUCGCUCAGUGACGUGAGUGUCAUACUUAUUGACCUUCUCUCCCGUAUCACGUAACAGAGGAAUGGCUUCUGGUGGGGACUAAACCAGGCCAUCUCCUGCUCUACAGGAUAAAAAAGGAUGCAGGUGAAUAAGAGAAAGACAUCUGCUGUCAGUGUCCUGUGUCCCUGCCAGUGUCCUGUGUCCCAGUGUCCUGAGUCCCUGUGUCCCUGUCAGUGUCCCGUGUCCCAGUGUCCUGAGUCCCUGUGUCCCUGUCAGUGUCCUGUGUCCCUGUCAGUGUCCCGUGUCCCUGAGUCUCUGUGUCCCUGUCAGUGUCCUGUGUCCCUGUCAGUGUCCUGUGUCUCUGUCAGUGUCCUGAGUCCCUGUGUCCCUGUCAGUGUCCUGUGUCCCUGUCAGUGUCCUGUGUCCCUGUGUAUUUGUAUGCGUGUCCCAGGCCCUGUCUAUUUGUAUGUGAAUGGUUGGCGUCUUAAAGCAUAGUUUCCAGUGUCAUUUUUUGUUGUUGGUUAUUUCCUCAUUCCUUAGCAGGUGUUUCAAACAAGGAAACAUAUCCUGUCUCUCUUUCUUCCUCAUAGGUACCAACAGGUUUGAGGUGACUCUGGAGAAGUCCAACAAGAACUUCUCCAAGAAGAUCCAGCAGGUAGAUUUUAGACAGAGUGAGGAUGAGACUUCACAUUCUGUUGAUGUGACAGUCAUUUCUAAAUGAGGUUAUGUCAGAUUAAAGAAAUAUAGUAGACACUCCGUUGUCCUAGCCGGGUUCAGUUGCUGUCAUUGUCAAGCCAAGCAUGGUAUGAUAAUGACUGACGAGGAUUUGGUGUGUGUGUGUGCGUCCUGCGCUAGCUUAGCACCAUUAGCUUCCUCCCUCUCUAUGAGUACAACUCAGGGUAAACUGUUCAUACCACAGCUUGAACACGUGACCGCCCACUUGACAACGUAUCAUCUAGUCGCGCCACCAAAAAGGAUCCUCCUCGAUAGCCCCAACUGGCGACAUUUCAAGCUGUGGAGAGAGCGUACAGCCCGUCCUUAUAUCCGUUGCACUGGCUUGAUCACAAACAGACUUGCACUCAGGCUACCAUUGUCCCGCUGUCCAGUUCAACCUCCUCUUGUCUCUCCUUCUCACAGCUGUUUGUUGUGUCACAGUACAAGAUUCUCAUCAGUCUGUUAGGUAGGUGAAACAACAUAUUCUCUUCAGCAAACAAGCAGACAUGUUGUUUACUUGAACAUGUGGUUGUUAAUCUCAGUAAUCCAUAGGUCAUAUGUUUUUAAUUAUUGCUUUACUGGGUGUGUGAACCCUUCUCCCCCCCCCCUACAGAGAACAACAUCCAUGUCCAUGAUCUGUUGACCUUCCAGCAGAUUACUGUGGUCUCCAAGGCCAGAGGGGCAACGCUCUUCGCCUGUGACCUGCAGGUGAGAUGACAUAGUGACAUAGUUUGUAAAUGUCUUGACGUGAACCAGUGAAUUCUAUUUAUCUGUAGCUCCUGUAAAAUCUGUUUCCCUGUGACAAUGGACAAAUAUAUCUUCUUCUUCUUCUUCUUCUUCCUGCAGCAGUCCCCUUCAGGAGAGGCCCAGCUGAGGAUGUGUGUUGCUGUGAAGAAAAAGCUUCAGCUGUACUACUGGAAAAGGCCCGGGAGUUUUGAGCCUUUUUGGCCCGGGAAGACAGGAGUUCUUGAGCAUAAAACAGGGAGGGCCCAUGGGGCUUUAAAGGGAAGACAGGGAGUCCCCAUGGCUACAGGUAAAACAGGGAGUUCUAUGAGUACAGGUAAAAACAGGGGGUUAUAUGAACUACAGGUAAGACAGGGGGUUCUAUGAGCUACAGGUAAGACAGGGAGUCCUAUGAGCUACAGGUAAGACAGGGAGUCCUAUGAGCUACAGGUAAGAUAGGGAGUUCUAUGAGCUACAGGUAAGACAGGGAGUCCUAUGAGCUACAGGUAAGACAGGGAAUUCUAUGAGCUACAGGUAAGACAGGGAGUUCUAUGAGCUACAGGUAAGACAGGGAGUUCUAUGAGCUACAGGUAAGACAGGGAGUUCUAUGAGCUACAGGUAAGACAGGGAGUCCUAUGAGCUACAGGUAAGACAGGGAGUUCUAUGAGCUACAGGUAAGACAGGGGAGUUCUAUGAGCUACAGGUAAGACAGGGAGUUCUAUGAGCUACAGUAAGACAGGGAGUUCUAUGAGCUACAGGUAAGACAGUGAGUCCUAUGAGCUACAGGUAAGACAGGGAGUUCCUAUGAGCUACAGGUAAGACAGGGAGUUCUAUGAGCUAACAGGUAAGACAGGGAGUUCCUAGAGCUACAGGUAAGACGGAGUUCUAUGAGCUACAGGUAAGACAGGGAGUUCUAUGAGCUACAGGUAGACAGGGAGUUCUAUGAGCUACAGGUAAGACAGGGAGUUCUAUGAGCUACAGGUAAGACAGGGAGUUCUAUGAACUACAGGUAAGACAGGGAGUUUCUAUGAGCUACAGGUAAGACAGGGAGUUCUAUGAGCUACAGGUAAGACAGGGUAGUUCUAUGAGCUACAGGUAAGACAGGAGUCCUAUGAGCUACAGGUAAGACAGGGAGUCUAUGAGCUACAGUAGACAGGGAUUCUAUGAGACAGUAAGACAGGGAGUCCUAUGAGCUACAGGUAAGACAGGGAGUUCUAUGAGCUACAGGUAAGACAGGGAGUCGUAUGAGCUACAGGUAAGACAGGGAGUUCUAUGAGCUACAGGUAAGACAGGGAGUCAUAUGAGCUACAGGUAAGACAGGGAAUCCUAUGAGCUACAGGUAAGACAGGGAGUUCUAUGAGCUACAGGUAAGACAGGGAGUUCUAUGAGCUACAGGUAAGACAGGGAGUCCUAUGAGCUACAGGUAAGACAGGGAGUCCUAUGAGCUACAGGUAAGACAGGGAGUUCUAUGAGCUACAGGUAAGACAGGGAGUUCUAUGAGCUACAGGUAAGACAGGGAGUUCUAUGAGCUACAGGUAAGACAGGGAGUUCUAUGAACUACAGGUAAGACAGGGAGUUCUGAGCUACAGGUAAGACAGGGAGUCCUAUGAGCUACAGGUAAGACAGGGAGUUCUAUGAGCUACAGGUAAGACAGGGAGUUCUAUGAGCUACAGGUAAGACAGGGAGUUCUAUGAGCUACAGGUAAGACAGGGAGUCCUAUGAGCUACAGGUAAGACAGGGAGUUCUAUGAGCUACAGGUAAGACAGGGAGUUCUAUGAACUACAGGUAUGACAGGGAGUUCUAUGAGCUACAGGUAAGACAGGGAGUUCUAUGAGCUACAGGUAAGACAGGGAGUUCUAUGAGCUACAGGUAAGACAGGGAGUUCUAUGAGCUACAGGUAAGACAGGGAGUUCUAUGAGCUACAGGUAAGACAGGGAGUUCUAUGAGCUACAGGUAAGACAGGGAGUUCUAUGAACUACAGGUAAGACAGGGAGUUCUAUGAGCUACAGGUAAGACAGGGAGUUCUAUGAGCUACAGGUAAGACAGGGAGUUCUAUGAGCUACAGGUAAGACAGGGAGUCCUAUGAGCUACAGGUAAGACAGGGAGUUCUAUGAGCUACAGGUAAGACAGGGAGUCCUAUGAGCUACAGGUAAGACAGGGAGUUCUAUGAGCUACAGGUAAGACAGGGAGUCGUAUGAGCUACAGGUAAGACAGGGAGUUUUAUGAGCUACAGGUAAGACAGGGAGUCAUAUGAGCUACAGGUAAGACAGGGAAUCCUAUGAGCUACAGGUAAGACAGGGAGUUCUAUGAGCUACAGGUAAGACAGGGAGUUCUAUGAGCUACAGGUAAGACAGGGAGUCCUAUGAGCUACAGGUAAGACAGGGAGUCCUAUGAGCUACAGGUAAGACAGGGAGUUCUAUGAGCUACAGGUAAGACAGGGAGUUCUAUGAGCUACAGGUAAGACAGGGAGUUCUAUGAGCUACAGGUAAGACAGGGAGUUCUAUGAGCUACAGGUAAGACAGGGAGUUCUAUGAACUACAGGUAAGACAGGGAGUUCUAUGAGCUACAGGUAAGACAGGGAGUUCUAUGAGCUACAGGUAAGACAGGGAGUUCUAUGAGCUACAGGUAAGACAGGGAGUUCUAUGAGCUACAGGUAAGACAGGGAGUCCUAUGAGCUACAGGUAAGACAGGGAGUUCUAUGAGCUACAGGUAAGACAGGGAGUUCUAUGAGCUACAGGUAAGACAGGGAGUCCUAUGAGCUACAGGUAAGACAGGGAGUCCUAUGAGCUACAGGUAAGACAGGGAGUUCUAUGAGCUACAGGUAAGACAGGGAGUCCUAUGAGCUACAGGUAAGACAGGGAGUUCUAUGAGCUACAGGUAAGACAGGGAGUUCUAUGAGCUACAGGUAAGACAGGGAGUCAUAUGAGCUACAGGUAAGACAGGGAGUCCUAUGAGCUACAGGUAAGACAGGGAGUCCUAUGAGCUACAUGUAAGACAGGGAGUCAUAUGAGCUACAGGUAAGACAGGGAGGGAGGUGACAUGGGGAGGGGGAGGGGGGGGGAUAUACACCUCGUUUAGAGGGAUAUUGUUCACCAAAAGGUAUUAACACAAUAAGGGUUUUUGUUGUUGUUUGUGUGUCAGGGAGACUUUGCUGCUCCAGACAUCCCUAAGUCCAUGGCCUGGUGUCAGAACUCCAUCUGUGUUGGCUUCAAGAGGGACUACUACCUCAUCCGGGUCAGUUCGGCACAUUACCAGAAAAACAGUCCACUGUGUGUAUUUUAAUGUUUUGCUGCAGACAUGACAGAAUGAAGUUCGACGAAGAUCUAUGAAGGUCUAUGAGUCACAAUGUUGCAGAGUCCUUGUUACCCUUCGGCCUCUCCUGGGUUGUAUUCAGUAGGGCCAUACUGUAUCAAAACGUUUAAAAAAGGAAAACCAAAAUGAGUGUUUUUGUCAUUUUUUUUUUUUCUCCAUUUGGUGCCUAAAUGAUCUCUCCCCUGGCGCGUCAUCUCUCUCUCUCUCUCUGUCUUUCGGUGCCCUCCAGAUGGAUGGUCGGGGUUCCAUCAAGGAGCUCUUCCCCACGGGGAAGCAGCUGGAGCCGCUGGUGGUUCCCCUGGCUGAUGGGAAGGUGGCGGUGGGUCAGGAUGACCUCACAGUGGUGCUCAACGAGGAAGGCGUCUGCACUCAGAAGUGUGCCCUCAACUGGACUGACAUCCCUAUCGCUAUG